UUCAAUCGGAAACUCUUAGCUUGGCCACACCCCAUUUAAGACAGCGGAUAGAAACGCGAGGUAGCUAAUGUUUGCUACGAAAACAAGCGCUUCAAACUAGUUAGCUACGUAUUAUGAACUUAAAAAUAUAAUUAUUCGGCACACCAACUACUUAGCAUGGAUGCCGUAAACGCUUUCAACUUGGAGUUGUUCUCCAUGAUUGACAUGAAACCUCCUAUAUCACGAGCAAAGAUGAUGUCGGUCACAAAGUCAGCGAUCAAGGCUAUCAAGCUGUACAAGCACGUCGUCCAGAUUGUUGAAAAGUUCAUAAAAAAGUGUAAGCCGGAGCUGAAGGUCCCUGGGCUGUACGUCAUGGACUCGAUAGUGCGGCAGUCCCGCCACCAGUUUGGUGUGGACAAGGACGUGUAUGGACCCAGAUUCCAGAAGAACUUCACCCCGACCUUCCAGAACCUCUACCUCUGUCCUCACGAUGACAAGAGUAAGAUCAUUCGUGUUCUCAACCUGUGGCAGAAGAACUCUGUGUUUGAGAUGAACGUCGUCCAGCCCCUAUUGGACAUGGCCACUGGCUCGUUCGUCCCAGUUCCCUCCCCUCAGGCAGAUCGGCAGGCGGCAGCCCAGCAUGAAUCCCAGCCCCAGGCUGCAGGCCAGCUUGAAGCCCAGCACCAGGCUGCGGCCCAGCAUCAAGCCCAGCCCCAGGCAGCCACUCAACUGCUCACCACAAGUGCCUCGAUAGCCGCCGCCCUGCCCCAACUACCCCCACAACUCCAGAACCCUGAGGCCCUGGCUGCCGUGGCACAGCUGUUUCAGUCGGGACAAGGACACGAGCUCCAGAAGUUGCUUCAGAACUUCCAGAUGGGGCAGCAGAUGCCUCCUGCUGCUUCCAACAUCGUGGUGACCCACCCACAAGUGAACCAAGACCCGCUCAACACGCAUCUUCCUGUGUUCGACCCCCCUCCCACACAGCCUUUGGAGCAGAAUAACUUACUGGCCAAGAAACUCCUGGAUCGCUUUGAUUAUGAUGACGAGCCCGAAGAGGUGAAGAAAGACGAGAUUAGUUCUGUUGGGCAAGGAAACCCAUAUGGCCAGUUUCCUGGCACAGUGCCGACUGCCGUGGAGCAUCAGUUCCAGGGCCACAUUAUACCUGGCCUCGCAGGGGCUCCGCAAACUGCCGGUGUGGGAUAUUCCAGUCUAAAUGAGGGUUACGCCCAGAACCAGGGAAACUCCAGGGAAAGAGAAGAUCCAUCUGGGAGGAGGGAGGGGCGGCAGCGUGGCAGUGGUCAUGCCAGAAGGUCACGGUCCAGGUCGGGCUCUCGUUCUCCCAGGAAAAGGAGGUCCCGGUCUGGCUCUCGUUCCCGCAGGCCUCGAAACUCCUCCCGACGCUCCGGGUCCUGCUCCAGGGAAAGCAGAUGGAGCUCCCCACGCUCCCGGUCGCAGGAAAGGAAAGAGAGGGAAACGGACAAAGAGCGUCGACAGAAAGGUCUGCCUAGUAUCAAGAGCCAAACUCUCAGUGUUUGCACCACCACCCUUUGGGUGGGACAGCUGGACAAGAAAACCAAUCAGCAGGAUGUCAUGUCUCUACUGGAGGAGUUUGGACAGAUAGACUCCAUCAAUAUGAUCCCUCCUCGGGGAUGUGCCUACAUAGUGAUGGUCCACAGACAGGAUGCUUACAGGGCUCUACACAAACUCAGCAGAGGUUCAUUUAAGGUCAACCAGAAGGCCAUCAAGAUAGCGUGGGCGUUGAACAAGGGAAUAAAGGUGACCCAUAAGAAGUUCUGGGACGUGGAACGCGGUGUUACCUACAUCCCCUGGAGCAAGGUGAAGGUGGAGGAGCUGGAGGGCUACAGGGAGGGAGGCAUGCUGGAUGCGGACACGCUCUGUCCAGAGUGGGGAGAGAAAGUGAAGGAGCUGACUAAACCUGGAGGACUGAACAACGGAGAAGUGGACAGCAUGCAGAUGGAGGGAGCUGGCUCCGCCCAUGUGCAGGUGCCUUCAGCCCAGGCUGGCGGGACCAUGGGGAGUCCCCCAGGUUUCCCUGGCUCGAUGGGUCUGCCUCCCCCCUCCCUCAGCCCCGGGGGGCCAUCUUCCUUCAUGCCAACUGGUUUCAACCCCACACAAAUGCCUCCCGGGUUCCAUCCUCCAGUCGUGGGAGGCCCAGGGUGCACUAAAGAGGAGCAACUUUCAAAAGACAAACCCAGGGGGAGUGGUUCCUCCUCAGACAGUGGUUCGGACAACCAGCAGGGAGCUCCGGGACCAAGUGGGCCGGGGCCUGUGAUGAGUCCCCCUGGCCCAGCGGGGCUAAUGCCUCCAAGGCCGGGCAUGCCCAUGGGGCCUUCCCAGGGACCACCACCCCCACACCUUCAACCCCACUUCCCCCCUCACAUGCCACCCCCCAACAUGCCCCCAAUGAUGAUGGGCCCCAGAGGCCCCGGACCCAUGUUCCACCCCAGAGGGGGCCCUUUGGGUGGGUUCAGGAUGCCCAUGGGCCACCCUCCUAUGGAAGAUUUCCCCUCCUACGGACCUCAUGGGCCCAACUUCCAGCCCGGUCCGCCUGGCAUGGAGGAAGAGGGCGGUUGGGAGGACCGGAGACACUUCCGUGGUGAGAGAUCCGGAUUCGGUGGUCGAGGCAUGGGCAGGGGGGGGUUUGGAGAGCGGGGAGGACCGUUCCCCAGGGGAGGGGGUAACGAUUGGUCCAGAGACGGACCCGAGGGGAGGGGCCGCUUCAUGAACCGACGGGAUAGAUAUGAACGGUGUUGAAACCGGUCACCAGGUGGUGAAGGACAGACUGGCUCCUCGUCCUGGGUCCUUCUCCAGGCAGGAAGACAUUUGUUAAACAGGAAUGAACUACUGAACACCAUAAACAACACAAUUCAGCCAACAUGAGACGGAUAUGCCUGAGAACUACCUGGAGACUGACAAAGUCAGAUAUAAACAGGUCCCUGAUGGGUCCCAACACAUUAGGACUUACACAGAGAACAUGGCUGGUUUCCCAAAGUAUAGCCCAAGUCCUGGACAUAAAAAGCAACUUCACAGGUCUCCGUCCAGAAAAGAACCCUAAACAAAAAAUCAGUGUAGAGAAAGUCAAAAUUUGAAGUUGAGUGAACAGCUUUGUCCCUAUCUUUUGACAGUGUGUACUGACUGCAAACUACAGACGGAUAUUACUUUGUAAAUACUGUAUGGUUGUGCUGAAGGCCAAUAUCCUUUUUGUAAAUUUUUAAGUGGACGUUUAUUCACGCUCCAGUGUUUCUGUCACUAGGGUAGUGGGGGGGCUUUUGAUUUGCUCAAAAUAUGAUUCAGAAUUUAGAUCGUCAGCAGUUGGUUUUGUAGUAAAAAUAUCUUUGUACAAAUCAAAUGUGUCUUCAUUGAGAGUUGUGUAUGGGUGGGUACACUGACUGUAAGUGGUUCUGGAUAAGAGUGACUGACUAAUGACUAAAUGUAAAAUUGGCAAAGCAGUUCGAUACGAUUCAGUUAGAAACUGGUAGUUAAGCAUACUUGUAAUGCCAUAAUUGUGGUUUUGAUUCCAGAGGCUGCUUAAAAAAAAUGAGGCAGAAUAAUUUUUUUUCUUAUUUUAAUCUGCUUUUUAGUUUUAUAUGAUUUUUUUUCCCAGUCACUAAGAUGAAAGAACAUUAUCUACCUAUAGAGAGCGCUGUACCUCUGGUUUCCUGGCCGAUAUCUCAGCCAGGCUCCCAUUGCAUCCAUCACUGAUCAACCAGGGGCUGUCUGUGCAGGGAAUGCAGUGACAUUUGGGACGUGAGGCCUCGGUUGAGGAGAUGGGCAAGGCCCUCUACAGAAUUGAGUUUGAUAGACUAAAGUAGACGGAGGGGUGCACCAUUUAAAGAUUUCUUCACCACACCUAUAACUUUUUUUAGUUGCAAUGCCCUUGCUUAGGAGACCCAGAGCCUUUGAUUGUUGAAUUAGUAAUGUUAGUGGUAGGCCAGAACAAAACGGUGGCACAUCUUUUGUGUUUCCCUGGAUCAGAAUCAAUGCGAAAGGUUGGAUAUUUCCCAAAUUGAACUGUAUUCCCUAAAUAGAGCUUUGGCCAAAAUACGUGCUCUAUAGGGAACAAUAAUUUUCUUUGUUACAUUCUCUCUACGCUCAACUUGUGGUCUUUUGCCUCACCCAGAUGGUUCUGUUUUGGACAUCUGUUUACAAGGCCUGACCGCAACAUUUGUAUUAUUCUCGCCUGGCUCGUAAUCUGGCUGUUUUCCUACCAACACGCCUUUAAUUUAGGAUGAGUGCGUCCAGUGCCCGACUGCUCAUGAAACAAUGUUGUCGUUGACAUCUCAUAGUCUGCAUCUCAUGACCCCCUACAGCCUGAGGGAAUUCCUGCUGGAGAGCGAGACAAAGCUUUCACUGUUUGUUCCUCUAACUUUAGAAGAUAAGUGGGAAUAGUUUAACAUGUUUAUUUGAACUCUGUCUUCGCCUUGGUGGUCACAUUUCUUCGUGUGUUCCUUCAAAGUCAGCCGUGUGAUGAUGGGACUUUCAUUGUUAUAUAGUAAGAAAAAUUACAUACUUUAUAUUUCACCUAUACUUUUACAGUGCAUACCUUACCGAAGACGGGCAAUUUACUGGUUCAUUUAUUGUUUAUUUACUGUUUGAGGAAUUGAUGCAUAAACAGAGAAAUAAAAUAUUUCCAGAAAAUGGG